AAAACUACUGUAUCAAAAAUUUCAAUUCCACCAUAUGCCCACCCCUAUAUGAUUUAAGCUCAAGCUUCAUGAAUACUAGCAAUAUAAACAAACCGUGAACGCGGGGGAGGGAACAGUCGAACAGCUGCCUGAUUUCUUCGGUAUUCCCUUCAGCGGUAGCAUCCAUUUAUCUAAUGGUAGAAAUGGCAGGAAACGAGGAAGAGAGACUCCAAAUUCGCCCUUCUCCUAAGGCUCGGAAUUGCUUCAAUAAUUAUCUCAAGUGGAAAGACAAGCUCAGAGAGAAUUGUUACAAAAGGGUCCGAGAAGAUCGAAGCCGCCUUCUUUGGAAAUUAAGGUGUACCAAUGACCAGCCACAUAAGGAUCUCAUCAAGUCAUCGCUAGAGGACAUAGUUUCUAAUGAAAUACAGAAAUUUAAGCACUCAUAUCACAGUGAGAGUUUUGGUAAUUCUAAAUCAUCCGUCGCACCGGAUGAUACUAUAUGGGAAUAUAAUGGCCUUCAUGAAGCUUAUCAAGGUGAUUGUGAGGAAAUGCUGCUCGAAAUGCAGAGGAUUUUUUAUGAAGAUCUCAGGAUUGAAAAAAUAAAAGAACAAGUUUCAAAUGAAACUUGGGAGGAUGAAGAAGAUGAGUAUUUGGCUCGGGCAGUAUAUGAACACAUGAAACUCAAUGACAAGGAUGGCAAGGAGGUUUGGUGUCCCAUCUGCAUGCAAGGAGAGUUGAAAGAGAACUGUCAUCAUAUCUAUUGCCCUCCUUGUGGACUCCUGCUCAACAGAGAUGAUGAGGUCAAUUUAGAGGUGUUACGAAAUAGAUUGGGUGAAGCUCAUUCAGACCAUCUUGAUCAAGAAUGCAGAUUAAAACCCGAAUUCUGUGUUGAAACUAGAUUUAAUCUGACUGCUCUGUACAUUACCUGUCGGGGAUGCGGCAUGUUUGAGGUUGUAAUAUAGGCAUUUUUUUUCUUAAUCUGUGUUUCUUCCUCUUCAGUGUGCUUCCCUUGAUUGUAAUGAUUUUCCAUCCUUCAUGUUGAUACGUGAGUAUAGUUGAUAUGUUUGCUGAAGUUGAUCAACAAAUGGAGGGAAAAAACUAUUUUAUCUUGGUUUUGUGGAUCCAACUGAUUACAUACUAUCGAAUUUGCGUACCUGUGUCA